CAAUAACGAAUCCAUUCCAACUCACAAUGACCAAACGAAAGCAUAAUGAAGACUCUUCAAGUCAUCCUCAAAUCCAAGUUGCCGACAGCAAGCAUUCAGCAAGUGGACCUGCACUAGUCACCUUUCCUGGAACACAGCCAGCCGACGAUACCUUGUUUGAUACAUACAAGCAUCGAUCAUCUGGAGAUGAGAAGAAGAAGCAGAGAAUUAUAGCAGGAGAAACACAGAAAAUCGAAUUUGUUGGAAAGAACUAUGGCGCUGACAGCACCUCGGACCUUCCGUGCAGAUAUCUUGUUGCGGUUUAUGAUAAGAAAGACAACACGGUCACACUUCAGGAAGCACCAGUGAUCAAUAUGCAUAGAACCGUCAAGGCUCUCAAGGGGAUCAAGAGUCAAGUCACAGCACAGAACUCGUUCCUCGAAGCUAAAAAUGCGUUGGGUGAUACCUUCGGUACAAAGAAGGCACGACAACAGAUUAAAUCCAUGGAACGUAAUGAGGUCAAGGUUGAAUCACUUGGUCAAGACGUCGUCAGUACCAUGCAGAAUGAAAUCGAUGUUGCAGCACAAGCUGUUCCUACUGUUGACAUGAUCAAAGAGGAUCAAGAGAAUCAACGACCCGUACCACCCUAUGAUGCAACUGCCACCGCUCCAGCUGAUAUUUACAACAUGGAUGACAUUGUCAGUGCCGAAGAGCUCAAUGCCGUUCCUAUCAAGGAUGUUCUUAAAUGCACCAACCUUCAAGAGCUCAAAGAACAACUACCCUACACAUUGUCCGAGUUUGUCAACACGCGAGUGCUUUCUAUCAUCAAUUCUAAAGGAAAGAUUGAUCGUAAGCAAGUCCGUGUUCUUGUGUAUAUCAGCUAUUUGAUGGCAUAUUACCAGAUGCGACCCGUCUUGGCGAAUAAGCGCGACGAAAUCAACACUACUUUGUACAACCCUCCAUCUGCCAUUGUUGACAGAAUGUUGGAACGUUAUACUACUGGUGGAAGACGAACACCGUUGAUGGCUGAUAAGCUUGUUUGUUAUAUGAUGCUGUUGUGCUUGAUGGCCAAUAACUACACCGUUAUUCCCGAAACAUUGGCCAGCGAUUUGUCCCUCAAGCCUACCAAGACCGUUAACUUGCUCAAGAACGUUGGAUGUAAGGUUGAAAUGUUGACUGCCUCACAAGCCGCCGAAUUCGGAAUCAAGGGUAAGGUUCGACGAGCUAGUCUCAUUGCACCUGUCACCUUCCCUGUGGCUCGCAAGAUACCUGAACGCAAGUAGAAGAGGAACAACACCUACCAACAACAACAAUGCAUAUAAAAAAUACACACUUCAUGGUGGAUCUGCACAGUGCGAUCAUAGAAAAUGUCUUUCUUCCAUGACCUUUUUAGCUUUAACUGAGCCAACCAAAAAAUUAAAAACUACUUUUUAUGUUACGACAGGA